AUGUCCUUCACAAAGCCUGAAACGCUGCAACAAGAUGGUGAUUUCAUGGCUGACGCAAUCCAUGACGCUUCCAUAAAACAAUCUGUUAUGUGGAUGGAAUCUGCCUACGAGAUUUGGACUGAUCUCCUUCAACGUUUUUCUCAUGGUGAUAAGUUUCGUAUUGUUGAUCUUCAAGAAGCUCUUCACUCUUGCAAACAAGGUGAUUCCACUGUAUCUCAGUAUUAUACUCUUCAAAUAAUUUGGAAAGAGCUUUCUCUGUAUCAAACCAUUCUUGUUUGUACCUAUCAUUCUCCUUGCAAUUGUGGAUUAUUGAUCAAGAUUCAACAAGAUUGUAGUGAUGAUUCUGUAAUCAAGUUUCUACGUGGGUUAAACGAUGAAUUCUCUUCUGUACGUUCUCAAAUCAUGCUAAUGGAACCCAUGCCGACUCUUACCAAAACUUUUUCUUUGAUCCUUCAACAAGAACACGAAUUUCACAAUUCUUCCUCACAAAUUCCACAAGAUUCCAUGGCCAAUUUCAAUUCUCACGAUCCUCAGUACAAGCCUUAUAAGACCGAUCGUCCUGGUGUUUUUUCUGGUCGUGGACAAGGACGCAUUCCUAAAUUUGGUGGUCGUUCCAAAUACUGCGAUCAUUGCAAAAGAACCAAUCAUACUUCUGAUAAUUGCUGGAUCAAAUAUGGCCUUCCUCAAGGUUAUAAACCCAUCAUCAAACCUAAUUCUGCCAUCUCCAAUCCUUCUACCAACCUGACUGAUGGUGUUUCACACACCUCCACUGAUUCUUCUGCUGAUAAAACUCAAAUUCAAUGCACUUUUUCUCAAGAUCAGUAUGACGCCAUUCUUGGUUUAUUGAAACAGUCUCAAUCUCCUACCACUAGGGAGGCCAGUGUUAAUCAAUGCACUCCAUAG